CUGAAAUCGCGGGAGGAGCCGGCGCCGCGCCUUUAGGAAGCCCCUGUUCAGUUCAGACAUUACAGUUCUAACCACAACCAGUUUGGAUCAUAAACAGCCUAACCAAAGGUAGUCACCAUGAUGUUACUAACUACAAAGACUUGAGUAGUGCAUCUGAAAAGGGAAUUGUUAGUCACUGAGUGAAGAGAUAUUUAGCUGUACAUCAAAUGCCUAUUGCAUCCUGAUUCUCCACCACAAAAGGAACUCAAGAAGCAAAACAUGUAGAAACAAUGAUACUUGCUAAAAACUAGUGUUCAAAGCGAAGGGAAUGUGUUCAUGGUCUCCCAUAUACAAUUUGGCCUCUUGUUUUUACGAACUCCACCUGACAGUCUUCAGGAAACACACACGAAACACGGCAUGGAUUCGGCCUUGCAGAUUAAGAGGCUGAAGUCAAGAAAUGUAAAGUUCUUUAAAUCCUGCAUAAACUAUCUGACUCAGAGGAGGAUGCACAUUUUGGUCUGAAGAGGCUGAGUAUAUUUAACUCUGCCCUGUAGGUUACAUAUGAAGACAAUUGGUAAACUAUGAAGAAGACUUCAAAGAAGAACAAUAAUUUCAAAAUUCCUGGUACAGAAUUGAAUUCCGCGGAUGCUGAAAGGGGAAAAAAAGAGAGUCGAAGUAACUUUGUUGAACUACUGCCCCUGGAAGUCACUUAUAAAAUUUUCAGCCAGCUAGACAUCCAGAGUUUAUGCAGAGCUUCCAGGACAUGCACAGGUUGGAACCGUGCAAUAAGAAACAAUGACUCCUUAUGGAAACCCCACUGCUUGACCAUAAGAACUGUGUGCCAAAGAGAAGUAGAUGAUGAUAUAAAAAGCGGUUAUACCUGGAGGGUAAUACUCCUAAGAAAUUACCAGAAGAGCAAAGUGAAAAAUGAGUGGCUAAGUGGCAGAUACAGCAACAUUCGUUCUCCUGUUAGCUUGCCAGAAAAGGCUAUGUGCCCCAUGGAUGCAGAUACGUGGGGGGAAAUCCUAGAUGCAGAACUGGAAAGAGAAGUUGAAAAAUUGCAAUAGUUUUAUCGCACGUGAUCAAAAUCACUCAGACUCCAAGAUACUUUGAAAUCUGAUAAUGUCUUUCUUAGCCUUUUAAGUAUUUAAGAUUUAAAAGAAAACAAAGUUGAACAUGAAGCUUUGUUUGUAUUUUGCACUCAAGUUAAAAAAUUUUUCUGGUCUUAUACUACGGGGAAAUCAUGAAAUGUUAUUUUUAUAAGAAAUAAUAGACUGAUAGAAUGAUUUUGAAAUGUAUU